AUGGUGUUUUCCUAUUGGUUAACCCGCCUUCGUACUUCUUCUUCUUUGAGACCCGUCUUGAACAACAGCCUCCGAAACUCCCUUCUCAAGAAGCAGCAGCAGAACAGGACCCAUUUGCUGUCCGCAGCUGCAGCAGCGGGUUCAAGCUCCGACAAUAAUCAUCCCAAAUUUCUGACAUGGGCGGGCUCUCUGUUUCCAAUGGCCUUGGCAGCCUCUGCUGGUGUCUUUUUCAUCCAGUCUUACUACAAUAAAUCCUUCUGUGACGCCUCAGAUAUUGAUCAAAGGGAUGGGAUGAGGAUUGGUGGAAAAGAUCGCACGGAUUAUGCGGUGAAGGGUUCUCACACAGAAGUCCCACAAGCUCUUAUUGAUGAAUUGAAGGCCAUUUGUCAGGAUAACAUGACCCUGGAUUAUGAGGAGAGAUUCUUCCAUGGAAAGCCGCAGAACAGUUUCCAUAAAGCAGUGAAUGUCCCUGAUGUAGUGGUAUUUCCAAGGUCAGAAGAGGAGGUUUCUAAGAUUGUCAAAUCUUGUAACGACCAUAAGGUCCCGAUUGUACCAUAUGGUGGAGCAACAUCAAUUGAGGGCCACACCCUUGCACCUAAUGGAGGAGUUUGCAUCGACAUGACUUUGAUGAAGCGUGUGAAAUCAUUAAAUAUUGAGGACAUGGAUGUUGUUGUUGAGCCUGGGAUUGGGUGGAUGGAACUCAAUGAGUACUUGGAGCCUUAUGGUCUAUUUUUUCCUCUUGAUCCUGGGCCUGGAGCAACCAUAGGCGGGAUGUGUGCUACACGGUGCUCUGGAUCUUUAGCUGUGAGGUAUGGGACUAUGCGUGAUAAUGUCAUAAGUCUCAAGGUUGUUAUGCCGAAUGGAGAAAUCAUGAAAACUGCUUCCCGUGCCAGAAAAAGUGCUGCAGGGUAUGAUCUCACCCGAUUGUUAAUAGGGAGUGAAGGAACUUUGGGUGUUAUAACAGAAGUUACUUUACGUCUCCAGAAGAUCCCCCAGUAUUCGGUGGUUGCAAUGUGUAACUUUCCGACGAUUAAAGAUGCUGCCGAUGUUGCUAUUGCUACCAUGCACUCUGGCAUACAGGUUUCACGAGUUGAGCUAUUGGAUGAAGUUCAAGUGAGAGCUAUCAACCUAGCUAAUGGGAAAAAUUUACCUGAAGUUCCAACCUUGAUGUUUGAAUUUGUGGGCACAGAAGCGUAUUCUCGUGAGCAAACACAUAUAGUACAGAAGAUAGCUUCUGAGCAUAAUGGCUCUGAUUUUGUUUUCGCUGAAGAUCCUGAAGCCAAAAAGGAACUUUGGAAGAUAAGGAAGGAAGCUCUUUGGGCUUGCUUUGCCAUGGAACCCAACUAUGAAGCAAUGAUAUCGGAUGUUUGUGUUCCUCUAUCACGGCUUGCAGAACUGAUAUCGAAGUCCAAAAAUGAACUUGAUGCUUCACCGCUGGUUUGCACAGUUAUUGCUCAUGCUGGUGAUGGGAACUUCCAUACAAUUGUCCUAUUCGACCCCAAUAAAGAGGAACAAAGAAGGGAAGCUGAGAGGUUAAACCAUUUUAUGGUUCACACUGCUUUAUCCAUGGAAGGAACUUGUACUGGAGAACAUGGCGUUGGGACUGGGAAAAUGAAGUACCUUGAAAAAGAACUAGGAAUAGAAGCGCUGAGGACAAUGAAAAAGAUCAAAGGAGCUAUAGAUCCCAACAACAUCAUGAAUCCAGGGAAACUCAUUCCUCCCCACGUGUGCUUCUAA